CUGCCUGGACUCUAUCAGCCCCACCUGCCAGACAAAAUCCUCUCUCUCCUCACUUUGUCUCCUAUAACCUUUGGAAAUUUUAAUCUCCAUUUCGGACCAUCCAGACAAUGCCUCCCAACCUCACUGGCUACUACCGCUUUGUCUCGCAGAAGAACAUGGAGGACUACCUGCAAGCCCUAAACAUCAACAUGGCUCUGAGGAAGAUAGCACUGCUGCUGAAGCCAGACAAAGAGAUUGACCAUCAGGGCAACCACAUGACAGUGAAGACCCUCAGCACCUUCCACAACUACAUUUUGGAAUUCGAGGUGGGAGUUGAGUUUGAAGAGGACCUCAGAAUUGUGGAUGGACGGAAGUGUCAGACCAUAGUAACCUGGGAGGAGGAGCAGCUGGUGUGUGUGCAGAAAGGGGAGGUCCCCAACCGGGGCUGGAGACACUGGCUGGAGGGAGAGAAGUUGUAUCUGGAACUGACUGCCAGGGAGGCAGUGUGUGAGCAGGUCUUCAGGAAGGUCAGAUAG